AUGGGACAUGAGGAGCAUGGAGGGACUUGGCACAUGGAAGCAGCUCAACUGGAUACGCAAAGGAAGAAGGGAGAAGCCAUCUUGAAGACCAGCUCGACCGUCUACUCGACCAACCGGUCGAGUUCCUCAACUCGACCGGCCAAGCUUCAACUCGAUCGAGCUGAGAAGUCAAAAGGGGAAUGGAAACCCUUUGGGAAUGGACUCGGUCGAGCUAGGCAAACUCGACCGAUUGGUCAAGGAGAUGCUCCAAACCGCCACCAACAGAGACAAGGGAUUGUUCCACCACCAGUGCAGAACCACAACUUUGAGAUCAAGCUGGGAAUGAUCAACCUUGUCCAGAACAAGAUGUUCCAUGGAUUGCCAAGUGAAGACCCCAUUGACCACCUUGAUGAGUUUGAUAGGCUUUGUGAUUUGACAAAGAUCAAUGGUGUCUCUGAAGAUGCCAUCAAGCUGAGACUCUUUCCUAUGUCUCUAGCUGACAAAGCUCACCAAUGGGAGAAGAGCUUGCCCCAUGGCACAAUCACCACUUGGGAUGAAUGCAAGAAGGCCUUUCUUGCUAAGUUUUUCUCCACCGGUCGCACAGCCAAGCUUAGAGGAGAGAUAUCCAGCUUCAUCCAGCGAAACAAUGAGACAUUCGCAGAGGCUUGGGAGAGGUUCAAAGGCUACACAAGUCAGUGCCCACACCAUGGAUUCAACAAUGAAUCACUACUCUCCACUCUUUAUAGAGGAUGCUUGCCUAGGUAUAGGGAGAUGCUAGACACAGCUAGCAAUGGGAACUUCCUCAACCAGGAUGUAGAUGAUGGCUGGCAACUUGUGGAGAACAUAGCUAACUCAAAUGGAAGCUAUGGAGAAGAGUAUGAUCGCACCAAUCGGAGCUUGAUGUCAUUUGGAGCUAAUUGGAACAUUGCCUAUCACUGGAGACUAGUUGAGGAAGGAAAGACUCUGUCUGCCCCAUCUUUCGUCUGGAGGUGGUUUCAUGUCAUUCGGACCAGCGGUUCAGAAGAUACGACGAUAUUGGUUGGACUCGACCCACCAGCUCGACCGGCCAGUUUCCAACUCGAUCGAGCUGCUUUUCCAGGAGUCAAAGCGAUUCUCCACAUGGAAGUGAUGGAAAUCGUUGGAAAAGGUCCACUAAGAGCUCCAAUAACUCUUGCUCUCGAAAUGGAGUUCAUAGGGGUUGGAUGGAUUAGUUUGAGCAAUGAUCCUAUGGCCUCCAAGGCUUGA